GUGUUGUCGUCUGAGUACUUUGUAUGAGAAAUUAAGCUAUAAGAAUUGGUGGGUGAAAAAUCUUGGGAGGUUAUAACAUCGGAAUCAGAUUCCUAGGAAAUCCGAUUAGAUUUUUUUUUUGGAUGCUACUUUGCAUAUAUUGGUUCGAAUGACAGGUGGCUAAAUUAUUUUGUCCUGACCGUUGGAGCAGCCAGAGCGUCAGUAUCAAGUGAAAUAUGGCUUACUUCCGAGCAUUCUGGAACAGUCCAGUUGGUCCAAAAACAACACACUUCUGGGGACCUGUUGCCAACCUUGGAUUUGUGGUUGCAGGGUUGGCAGACAUGAAUAAACCUCCUCAAAUGAUCUCUGCCAACGUGACAUCAGUAAUGUGCAUAUACUCUGCACUGUAUAUGAGAUUUGCAUGGAUGGUGAGACCACGCAACUAUCUGCUGCUUGCUUGUCAUGCUUCCAAUGAGACUGUCCAACUCUACCAAUUCUGCCGCUGGGCAAACGCCAGGGGGUACUCGUCAGAGAAGGAGGAUGAAGCUGUCUCGAAGCAAACUGAUGCUGAUUUUGCACGUAAUCAAUAGAAUAUUAACUGAUCGUUCAAAACUCAUUCCACACCACCGUUAGACGGAACCAACAUCUUUUGUGU